AUGGGCUGGCCAAAAUGCAAUACCACCGAGGAGGACAUGAUGAUCACGGAGGAUCCCUUAUGGGACGGCUACACCUUUCAUACCAUCGGUCUCUGGGUCGGCGCAAUCUUCACCCUCAUCGCCCUGCUCAUCUCGUUCUUCCUCAUACUCAUGCAUGCGACCCGGUAUCUCAAGCCAUGGGAGCAGAAACACAUCAUCCGCAUUCUCUUCAUGAUCCCGAUCUACGCCGCCGUCUCGCUCCUCUCGUUCUACUACUACCGACACAGCGUGUACUUUGAGGUCAUUCGAGACUGCUACGAAGCCUUUGCCAUCGCCUCCUUCUUCAGCUUAAUGUGCGCAUACCUGGCGCCCGACCUGCACCAGCAAAAGAUCUACUUCCGAACCAUCAAGCCGAAGAAGUGGGUGUGGCCGAUGGGAUACCUCCAGAAGAUCACAGGAGGUGCUGAGAAAGGCUGGUUGAGGAAUCCCAGAAGUGGGCUGACUUGGUUCAAUGUGAUCUGGGUGUCCAUCUUCCAGUACUGUUUCAUCCGCGUCUUCUUCACUAUUGUGUCGGUCAUAACCCAGGCCCUGGACCUAUAUUGUCUCGAGUCGCUCAGUCCAGCCUUCUCCCACAUCUGGGUCAUGGUCUUCGAGACCGUGUCCAUCACGGUCGCCAUGUACUGCUUGAUCCAGUUCUACGUCCAGAUCAAAGACGACAUUCGGCAACAUAAGCCUCUCUUGAAAAUCACGGCCAUCAAACUGGUCAUCUUCCUCAGCUUCUGGCAGACCAUCGCAAUCUCUUUCCUCACCAGUGCGGGAGCCAUCAAGGCCAACAACACUGUCCAGACCCCCGACAUCAAAGUUGGGAUCCCUGCACUGCUGUUAUGUAUCGAAAUGGCUUUCUUUGCGGUUUUCCACAUUUGGUCGUUCAGCUGGAAACCGUACACGAUUGGAUCAAAGGAGCAAAUGUCCGAGGUGGUUGCUGGGGAAGGAAUCGCUAAGGGAUCGUACCAAGGGGGGUUCCUGGGUCUCAAGGCUCUGGCUGACUCCUUCAACGGUUGGGACAUGUUGAAAGCUACAGGUCGAUCUGCGAGAUGGCUGUUUAAGGGACGCAAAUCUCGCCAUACCGACUCGAGUUACACCCUCAACCGCAAGGACACCGAUGGAAGCGAUUUCAGCGCUCAGGGCCAGACACUCAACACGUUCAGCGGUCAACCCACGUACAGUGGUGGGGUCACGAAGCUGCCACCUUAUAACAGGUUCGGCGAUGAAGAAGACGCCAAUCUGCUCGCCAACAGCCAGAACAUGCCCACGUCCCAACCGCCCGCCUUUCAAACACCGGGACAAUAUGAUUCCAAUAACGUGAGCGACAUCGGGUUGGCAACAUCCAGUUAUGAUGACAAGUACAACGGGCGAUACGACCCUCCAGACGGGCGACCGCCACCGCCGCAGUCCUAUCCCUCUUACCAGAGUUCGAUAGGUGGCCAGGAAAGCGGCACGGUUUCUAUACCGUACCCUGACUCGCGUCCUGCCACCCAAGCACAUUCGCACCUCGGGGGCCAAGACAGCGAUCGUAUAUACAUGGCUCCGCCGCGAAGUCCGGAUGCCAGUUUAAGAAGAGGGCCGGACGGGCAAGGCAACGGAAGUUUCUUCUGA